AUGUGUACCCUGCUGCCUCUCCCCGAAGCCGCGCUGGAGUGUCUGGCUUCGUGUGACCCCGAGGGCCUACGCGUCGGGCAAGAGGAGGAGAAGACGCCGGUGCACAAUCGAGGCCUCCGAUCCAUCUUCCUCCAGCCCGAGAGCAGCAGGCCCACCGACGAGUCGAAGGCUGACGCCCCACGAGCCAGCGCCUCGGGGGCAGGUGCACUCCCUGAGCCCAGCCAGUGGACGCAGGGGCCCGACCCUGGCGCCCUGGAGAGCUGCCUGGAAGCUGCCGAGGCUGCAGCAGCGCUGGAGCGUGGCCGGGCCGUCCAUCCUGGGUUCACAACGGGCCUGGGGGCGGCGGUCAGGGUGUCCAGUGCCAACCUGGCGGCUGCGCGGAAGCUACUGGAGGAGGACACUCCCGCGUCGGAGCAGGGUCCCACGCGCACCUCGGCCGCCGCGGCAGCGGCGGCUCCGGUCCUCGUGGCAGGGUUCAGCACCGGAGCAGGGGCUCCCGUGCACGUCUCCGCUGGACGCCUGGAGGCCGCGAGGUGGCUGUUGGACGAGACUGAAGGUGCGGCGCCCGCCGCCGCCGACCGGCAGGGAGGGCCCAUCGGCGAGGGCCUGGUUGAACACAGCCCCACGCCCGGCUUCACGACGGGGCUGGGGGCGCCGGUGGCCGUCACGUCGUCCCGCCUCGAAGCCGCCAGGAAGCUGCUGGCCGAGGAGCCACCCGCCGCCAAGGAGCCGUGCCCCGCCCCCGCCACCGUGGCGGCGUGCUUCAGCACGGGGCUAGGCAGACCGGUGAGCGUGUCGCCACUGGGGGCCGGCGGGAUGACGCCCUCCACCUCCGGCCCAGGCAUCAAGCAGCGCAAGAAGUUCCAGACGCCGCGGAGCCUGGGUCCACUGGUGCGCCCCCGGGCUGCCCCCAGCGCACCCACAGCAGGCACCCCCGACCUGCCGCGGGCCAGGCUGCACCGGCUGGGCAGGACGCUGAUGGCGCAGGCGGCUGAGGCGAUGGCGGUGCCUCCCGGCCAGGCCCCCGACGCGCAGCCGCCGGCCUCGGAGCCCGGCGAGGCGCUGGACGCGGCCGGCGCCCAGGCUGCGCUGCUGGACGCCGGGGCUGUGGCCGCCCAUGCCAGCCUGGACUGGGUGGCCAAUGCCCUGCGAAUGGUCGCCUGGAAGACAGGCAGGGUGGAGGCCGUGCUGGGGGAGGGCGCGGCUGGGAGGCUGCAAACCAGGGCAAUGAUUCUUGACGCCCUGCGGCGACGGUACGAGCUGGAGUUUGGCAGGGGGCGCUGCCCUGUGCUCAAGGCCGUGCUGCAGCACGACGAGCCGGCGGCGCAGUGCAUGGUGCUGGCGGUGAUGCGGGCCACCCCCGGCGACGCCGCGGUGGAGCUCACAGACGGGUGGUACCGGAUCUGGGGCCGGCUGGACGCCCCGCUCGCCGCGCUGUGCUCGUCUGGCAGGAUCGCGCCGGGGUCAAAACUCCGCAUUUGCGGCACCACCCUGCAGGGCGCAGGGCCAGGGGACCCGCUCACGGCGGCCGCCACCUCGAGUCUGCAGCUCUGCAUCAAUGGGACGCACAGGGCGCCUGACAGCUGCCGGCUGGGCAGGCAGUGGCACCGGUCAACCCUGCUCCCCCUGAGUCUCGUGGACCCGGGGGGGGGCGCCAUACCCCGGACCCUGGUGGUGGUGCAGAGGGUGUACCCGCCGCUGGUGUGGUGCAGCCUGUCCAACGGCACCAGCCUCAUGCAGACCCUGCGUGCACAUCGCGCCACCCAGAACGCCGCCACGGCCCACACCGAAAAGGCCCAGACGGAGGUGGCUGCCCGUAUCACGGCCCAGGAACGCGAGCGAUGCAGAACCCUGCUGGCCGAGACCCCGGCGCAGGAACUGGGGCCGGUGCAGCGCGCCUACGCGCGGCUGCAGGCGGACGCCGGGGCCUCCCAGGGCUCGGGCGAGGACCUGAGCCCCGCGCAGCGGGCCGCGCUGGAUCGCCUGGUGGCCGAGCGGCAGGCGCAGAUGCAGGCCCAGUGCGAAGCCGAGCUGGGUCAGGCGGAGACCGGGCCGGAGGCUUCAGAGGUGAUGGUGACCAAGGCGGUGCCGGUGCAGACCCUGCUGCUGGGGGAGGUCAGGCAUCGGCACAGGCGGUCAGGGACGAGCGGUGCACCCACCCAGGCGCUGUGCACUAUCUGGAGGCCGGGGGAGGAGAUGGGCGGCGUACGCGAGGGCUCUAUCUUUUCAGCGCUGGGCUUGGAGCCGCGACCCCGGCGCGGGGCCGCCAACCCUGAGGCUCGGGCGGGGCUGGAGGUGCAGACGGGACGCGGCACCCGGUGGAGCCUGGUGGCCCACGACCGCACGGCGCUGCCGCCCAGCCUUGAGGCGGCGGCGGCGCCGCGGAGGGCGUGGAGCCUGGCAUGCGUGCCGCGAGGGGACGCCGGGGAGGUGGACACCGCAGGCUUCUGCCUGUGUGUCGGUCCCGUGGUGGCACUAGGGCAUGCGGCCCAGGCGAGUCAGUGGGCCUUCUUCGUGGAUGCCAGCUGCCCAGCGCAAAGCGGCGACCACACCCACCCCCCGCCCUGGCUGCUGGCGGUGAGGCUGGAGGGCGCCGUGCAGGGCAUGGACUGGUUGGACCCCGGCACGCACGCGGGGGCCGUGCUGGAGCUGCGAGACGUCGUGGUGGGUGCUGUGGACGCAGACUCUCGCGUGCAGCAGGUUGUCGCCGACAAGCACUCCUCCAUCUCGCCGAGGUGA